AUGGAUUCUGACUCGGACUCCCCUUUUAACUACUCAUGGCCUUCCUUCCCCAAAAUGAAGAUUCGACGGAGGGCAUCCAAGCAAGAUCACUCUUUUGAUGUCUUCAAAAAAUCCAAGCAUCCCCCAACAUUCUUUGCUGCAGGCCGACUCUCUGGUGUGCUGAAUGGAGGUGAUGAAGUUUAUGCUAACUGUAUGGUGAUAGAUCAGGUUGGCGAUUUGGAUAUUAACUACAUUAAUAUAGAAGGAAUCACUACAAACGCCUGCCCUGAAUCCAUGGGUUCUACUCUGGGACCUCAGAACUGCAAGCAUAUCAUUGCUGCUGAAACCAGCCAUGGAAAGUACCCACUAAGUGAGAACAAGGAAGUGACCUCAAAUACUGAAGCUCAGCAGUCCUUCCCGUCACCAACUAGUUCAUAUGCUUCCAAUUUUAAUCUUUCCUUUGGUCAUCAUGGAUUUGAAAAGGAACAAAGUCAUCUGAAGAAAAGAAGUUCUAGCCUCGAUGCCCUGGAUGCCGACAGUGAAGGGGAAGGGCAUUCUGAGCGGUCACACAUUUGCUACACUCCAGUGUCUCAGAGUUCCUCAAGAACUGGGAUUCCUAGUGGGGAUGAACUGGACUCUUUUGAGACCACCACUGAACCAGAUUUUAUUAUCUCCAGGACAGAGUCCCUUUCUUUAUCAAGUAACCUGCAGUUGAAGGAAUCCUUGCUUUCUGGAGUCCGCUCACGUUCUUACUCCUGCUCAUCACCCAAAAUUUCUUUAGGAAAAGCUCGGUUGGUGCGUGAUUUUACAGUGUGCAAUUCUAGUGAAGAGCAAAGAGCUUACAGCUUACCGGAACCACCAAGAGAAAAAAGAAUUCAGGAAGAAGAAUGGGAUAAAUACAUUAUACCUGCCAAGUCAGAGUCUGAAAAAUACAAAGUGAGCCGAACUUUCAGCUUCCUCAUGAAUAGGAUGACAAGCCCUCGGAAUAAAUCUAAGACAAAAAGCAAGGAUGCCAAAGACAAAGAGAAACCGAGCCGCCAUCAGUUUGUCCCUGGAACAUUCUCUGGGGUUCUACAGUGUUCGGUUUGUGAUAAAACGCUCCUGGGGAAGGAGUCAUUCCAGUGUUCCAACUGUAAUGCAAACGUCCACAAGGGUUGUAAGGACGCCGCCCCUCCGUGUACCAAGAAAUUCCAAGAGAAAUACAACAAGAACAAACCGCAGACCAUCCUUGGAAACUCUUCAUUGCGAGACAUCCCACAACCUGGUCCCUGGUUGCACCCUUCUUCCUCCAUGCCUAUUGGAUUGCCCACCGGGAGAAAAGAAGCUUCCACACAGGCCCAUCCUUUGUCUAGAAGUGUUCCGGGCACUGCCUUGGAAAGAAGGUCGGGGCCAACCCUGGAGUGUGAGAGUGACGGGAACACCUGGAGAAGCAGGUCUCAUUCCGAUGAGCUGCUACAGUCCAUGGGCUCUUCUCCCUCCACGGAGUCCUUCUUAGUGGAAGAUGUCGUGGAUUCUUCUCUGUGGAGUGACCUCAGCAGUGACGCCCAGGAGUUGGAAGCAGAAUCUUGGAGUCUGGUGGUGGAUCCCUCAUUUUGCAGUAAGCAGGAGAAAGAUGUCAUCAAAAGACAAGAUGUCAUUUUCGAGCUGAUGCAAACAGAGAUGCAUCAUAUCCAGACCCUGCUCAUCAUGUCUGAGAUCUUCAGGAAAGGAAUGAAGGAGGAGCUGCAGCUUGAUCACAGCACCGUGGAUAAAAUCUUCCCCUGCUUAGAUGAGUUACUUGAAAUCCAUAGGCAUUUCUUUUAUAGUAUGAAGGAGCGAAGGCAGGAGUCCUGUGCUGGUGAUGACAGGAAUUUCAUCAUCAACCGAAUUGGAGAUAUUCUAGUGCAGCAGUUUUCAGAAGAAAAUGCAAAUCAAAUGAAGAAAAUAUAUGGAGAAUUCUGUAGCCAUCACAAAGAAGCUGUUAGCCUCUUUAAAGAACUCCAGCAAAAUAAAAAGUUUCAGAAUUUUAUUAAGCUUCGAAAUAGUAAUCUUCUGGCUCGACGCCGAGGAAUUCCAGAAUGCAUUCUGCUAGUCACUCAGCGCAUCACAAAAUACCCUGUCCUGGUGGAAAGGAUUUUGCAGUACACAAAGGAAAGAAGUGAAGAACAUAAAGACUUGUGCAAAGCUCUGUGCUUAAUUAAAGACAUGAUUGCAGCAGUGGAUUUAAAAGUCAGCGAGUAUGAGAAAAAUCAAAAAUGGCUUGAGAUCCUAAAUAAGAUCGAAAACAAAACCUACACAAAGCUCAAAAAUGGCCAUGUGUUUAGGAAGCAAGCACUGAUAAGUAAAGAAAGGACUCUCUUACAUGAUGGCCUUGUUUACUGGAAAACUGCUACAGGUCGAUUCAAAGAUAUCCUGGCUCUACUUCUAACUGACGUGCUGCUCUUUUUACAAGAAAAAGAUCAGAAAUAUAUCUUUGCUGCUGUUGAUCAGAAGCCAUCAGUUAUUUCCCUUCAGAAGCUUAUUGCUAGAGAAGUUGCUAAUGAGGAAAGAGGCAUGUUUCUAAUCAGUGCUUCAUCUGCUGGUCCUGAGAUGUAUGAAAUUCAUACCAACUCCAAGGAGGAACGAAAUAACUGGAUGAGACGAAUCCAACAGGCAGUAGAAAGUUGCCCAGAAGAAGAAGGGGGAAGGACAAGCGAAUCUGAUGAAGAGAGGCGGAAAGCUGAAGCAAGAGUGGCCAAAAUUCAGCAAUGUCAAGAAAUACUCAGUAACCAAGACCAACAAAUUUGCACAUAUUUGGAGGAGAAGCUGCAUAUCUAUGCUGAACUUGGAGAAUUGAGUGGAUUUGAGGAUGUGCAUCUAGAGCCCCACCUCCUCAUUAAACCUGACCCAGGAGAGCCUCCCCAGGCAGCCUCAUUACUAGCAGCAGCACUGAAAGAAGCUGAGAGCCUCCAAGUUGCAGUGAAGGCCUCACAAAUGGGCGAUGCCUGUCAGUCACCCGGGGAAGGUUCUGGAGAAUCUGCCUUGAUGGAUAUGCGCAGGGCCCCCGAAGAGCCAGGAUCGUCUCCAGCUUCACUAGUCACAGAAGGGACAGGAGGAAGAGGCUGUUGGGAUGUGGACCCUGGCACCCAGGGUGUGGGAACCGGCUUGGCGGUCUCUGAUGCAGGGGAGAAGGUGGAAUACAGAAGCUUCCCGGUUUCUUCACAGUCAGAGAUUAUACAAGCAAUACAGAAUUUAACCCAGCUCCUCUAUAGCCUUCAGGCCGCCUUGACCAUCCAGGAUAGCCACAUCCGGGUCCACAGGCUGCUUCUCCCGCAGCAGGAGAGACUCUCCGCCGGCGCGUCCUUCCGAGGGAGCCCCUUCCAGGACCAGGAGAAGUUCCGCAACCUGGAGAAGCAGCGGGAGGGGCUGGCCGACAUCCACAAGCUGCAAUACCAGUUGCAGCAGGACCAGCGGCGCUGGCUCCGCCAGUGCGACCAGCAGCAGCGGGAACAGGAGGCCAGGGCCGGCCGGCUGCAGGAGCGGGAGGCCGAGUGCCAGUCAAAGGAGGGGCUGCUGCUCAGGAACCGCGGGGAGCUGGACCAGCAGCUCCAGGAAUACCAGCAGAACCUGGAGCGGCUGAGGGAGGGCCAGCGCCUGGUGGAGAGGGAAAGGGAGAGGAUGCGGGGCCAGCAGAGCCUGCUGUGUGGUUGGAAACACGGUCGGCAGAGUAGCCUUCCCGCAGCGUUUGCUCCAAGAAGCACAGAGGUAAUGGAACUUAAUCGAUCUGAGAGUUUGUGUCAUGAAAACUCAUUCUUCGUUAAUGAAGCUUUAGUACAAAUGUCGCUUAACUCUUACAACAAUUCGACUCUAUCAGGUGUCCAGGAUGCCACUUAUCCCCAGAAUAUAGCUAAUUCUGAUUUGGUAAGGACUAGUGAAAAUCAAGUAGAGCUCCAGUUGGACGUUUGUCAGCCCUUGGAUGUCAACCAUGAACUGUGGACAGCCGCUGGGUCCUGUCAUCAGAUACCCCCUCUCCACCCAAGCAGCAAGGAUUCUUGUAAAAAUGAUUUGGACAUCUCUCAGACUGAGUUCCCAACCCCCCAUGACUCCAAUCCACAUGGCUCUCAGCUGCAGACAUUUAUGGCAGAAGCAAAGCUAAAUCUACAGACAUUGACCAGACAAGACGGGGAAACUGGAGAUGGAGCUGAAGAAAAUAUUGUUUACCUCUAAUUGUGUUAUCAUAAUUUUUCCAGACAAAACAAAACACUGGCAUUUUGUGGAGAAUUUUGUUUUCUUUUCCUGAUGUUCGUGUGACUGUGUCCAAAUUGCUUUAAGAGUAAUAUUUAAUAUUUCAUGCAAGUUCAUUUUUUGGGCAUGAGUCCAAUUAAAUUAUUGAAAGCAGUUCUGUUUGUCUAAUCGUUAACUUAUCACACCUAAUUUCAGAUUUUUGGAGAAAUUCACUUGAAUAAGCAGAAAUAUUUUCAAAGUUGUUAUGACUCUAGAGUAAAAUUCCAUAUUGCAUUUUCUACUGGAUCAUCUGGUUUUGGAAAUGCAUUUUUUAAGAUCUAGAAGCAGCAAUCUGGAUGGAAAGAGUGAUAUUCUUGAUGGGCAAACUUUCCCAACCACAGCAGCAGAUUAGGGAGAGUGGCCUCAGGACCCCAAAAAGCAGAGGAAGAUGUGGGAAAGGCCUUUCCUUGGCUCGCUUUUACAUGCUAGUUUCUGUUUCGGAAGUCUCAGGGCUCACUCCUGGUGGUGAUCUGUUAUGGUCACCAUGCAACCAACAUGUCCUGUCUGGGCACCUGUUCCAACUGGGCAACAAGUCUGCUACGGACACAGUCUGGACUCUUAGGACCUGGGCCACAGGCUUUGCAGACUCAAUUUCUUGGUCCUAAUGCUGGUUGGUUUUCAAACCACAGUUGAGCGUCAUCCUUCACCACAGCCCAGAGGCAGAGCCCCAGCCAGUCCAUUUUGAUGUAAAUAGUGAGGCUUCAUUAGUGCCCGGUCUCUCAGCUGGCCCUGUCUCCACAGGACCUGGGAGCAAGAAUAACUACCACUCACGAGGAGGACCUCUGCCUUGCAGUUCUUUAAGGACAAAAACCACCGUCUGGGUGAAGCUUGCUGACUGUGUGUCCUUUCUCACAAGGGAAAAGUGGCACAUCCUGCCUUCAGAGUAAUAUGGGUCUCUCUGUAAGAAAAUAAACCAGGAAAUGUUU